ACCUUUAUUUUGAAAAGCCAGCCUUUAUUUCGGAGAAAUUAUCCAGGAAGUAGCCGAAAAUGUUUGUUUAUAAAAAAAUAGUGUAACGUCCAUGGCCUUCAUUGUGUAGUCUCAAGACGUUGACUGAGCACUUAAGUUUCAAAUUACUAUAACAUAAGUGUUUAACAUUGACAUAGUGCAAAGGACAUGUACGAUACAGUCGCCUUUAACGCUCAGCUAGCCUCCAUCGUUGAGGUUUUGGCAAAUGCAGCCGUUGCUGAAAUCUGUAAACUUGUAGAUGAUGGCCAUGCUGCCUUACGUUUGGAAAUUUCCCAUAGCCAGAGAGAAAUCGAUAACCUGCGGAGGAAGCUGCUGCUGACAAAAUUCCAGAAUUCUCGACGAAGCGCAGAGAAAUUCGGAGCCCUCCGGCACACUGUCAGCAAGCGGGACACAGAUCUUGUUGCCCGGGUUAGAGGGAGCUUCCAAGUGGAGAAUCGCUGUGCCGAGCGUAAAGGGAGAAAUUUUAUGCAGGAUGCCACCAGCUGGAGAGACGCAGGACGCACAGCGAAAGACAAGGAUGUGGGCAUGCCGAUGGCAGAUAUGCAAGAGAUGCCUCUUAUCAAAAUGGAGAACCUUGGCACCAGCAGUCCGGAAGAGAUUGUCCAACCAGUUGGUGAGAGCAGUGAGAAGAUCAUUGUGGCAGAACAAGGUUCUUCAUCAUCUACUGAACCCACAGACCUGGACCAGCAGGGCAACAGACACAGAGCUCCAGACACCUCACUCAAUAUAGAACCUGAAAACCAGACGUUCCAGCAUCCAGCGUCACAAUACAGCAGAACAAGACAGGACCAUCAGGUUGCUGAGGGUGUGACCUGGGAAACUGACCAUCAACCCAUAGAAUACAGCCUGUCCCAUUGGACAGAGAACCAAGAGACUGACAACCCAACUGUGAAUGCUCCUCACAAUGCAGGGCCAGACUCCAAGAGGCUGUCUGAACAUCCAGAGAGGAGAGGGGCGCCUGGUAACUCUGGGGUCUACAUGUCUGCUUUGGGCUCUCUGGACUGGCUGCCUGAUGUGGUGCUGGUGGACUCAGUUCCCAUUAAAGUGGAGGCAGAUAUGAGUUCAGAAUGGAGCAUAACUGGCCAAGAGUUGACAUCUGGAGAGGUCUGUUCAGACAGCAGGCAGCUUGUGGACAACAGAGGAAGAGGGGGAAUGGAGUCUGGACAGACAACAUGUCCCCCUGACACUCAACAUGCAGAACAAGGGACAACUGUAGGAUCAAGGUCCAAGUUGCCAGAUUUCAACGGACUGUCCACACGAAACAGCUUUUCAUCCCCAAGUGUUACUCUCCUCCAGGUUCCCCGAAGAGGGAAGCCAGUCAACUUCCCGAAUUUCAACAGAGGCUUCACUUCAUCGAAAGGCAUAGAAAAGCAGCCACAACAGCUGAUGUCUCACUCCACCCAGAGGCAGCUCCGGUGCAGCCUCUGUGGAAAGCCCUUUCCCAAGCCGGCGCACCUGCAGAGGCACAUGCGGGUCCAUACGGGUGAGAAACCGUACGGCUGCAGCCACUGCACCAAGCGCUUCUCCCACAGCCACCAGCUGAAAAUGCAUGAGAGAGUCCACACCGGAGAGAAACCAUUUCAAUGUGUCUACUGUGGGAAGUGCUUCACCCAGUCUGGCCACAUGAAGAAGCAUCUCCUUGUCCACACUGGUGGCAGGUCACAGGAUAUUAUGCUGCCCUGAGUGUUCCAAGGUGAAGUUUCCCCUAGGUUACAGAUCUUGGAUCAGUUUCCUCUCCCCAAUCCUAAGCUUAAACAUUUGUCCUAAAAAAAUGCAGAACUGCCCCAAGAUCAGCAUCUAGGGGCAACUUCACAAUAAUGAUAGGCAGGGCCAGGAGUUUUCCCUCACCAUGUGACCAGACCAGGGAAUCAUUCCUGUCCCUAGUUGUAAGGGGAAUGGCUCCACACUAUUGGGGUUUUCAUAUGAAGACUGGGUCUAUGUGUUUUUUAGUAUUGUUUUAUUGGAAGUAUUUAAGUUUUCUUGUUUUUCAAUCAACAAACAAAACAAUCCACAUUCACAGAUGUGGAAGAAAUAAAAAAUAAACAAACAACAAAUUUGCAGCAGUACUAUCCGUGAACGUGUUAGCUAUUUCCAGCUUUAACUGAGACAACGAGCAAAUAACUUGUUUUACAGCAUGUAUAUACACACAUUACCUUAAUCUCCCCAUUCUGUCCAGUUUGAAAUAUAGUUGAGUAGUGGAGACCAGAGUCAAUUGAACCUGCGCCGUCUCUCGCGGAGGUCACAAGUGAGCUUUUCAAGAGGAAGAAAGUCAACAACCUGGUCAAUCCACAUUUUAAAUGUAGGACAGGAAUUAGAAGCCCACCUUGGUAGAAUACAUUUUUUAGCAAAGUAUGUGAUAGUCAUAAACACAUGUUCUCUGUUUAGAUCAAGAACAAAGUCCUGCUAAGCAUUAAGAAGACAGCCACGGGGGCAUAUCAAACUACAUCUAAUAUGUUCUAUGCAGCAGGAUGUAUAGAUUGGCAAACUCUGUCCGUCUCCCCGCAAUGCCAAAACACAUGCAUGUAAGAUCCACAUUCAGACACCGGAGGUUGGUGGCACCUUAAUUGGGGACGACGGGCUCGUGGUAAUGGCUGGAGCAAUGCCAAAACACAUGCAUGUAAGAUCCACUUUCAGACACCGGAGGUUGGUGGCACCUUAAUUGGGGACGAUGGGCUCGUGGUAAUGACUGGAGCUGAAUUGAUGGAAUGGUAUCAAACACAUGUUUUCUAUGUGCCAUUUACUCCGUUCCAGUUGUUACAAAUCGUCCUCCCCUCAGCAGCCUCCACUGCUUUCAGAUGUACGUCUUUUACAAUCAGGAGACAUGUCUGUAUUCUAUGGAGUCUCACUGUGGUGUAAUACAAUUUGUACAACAUUUUUAAAAAAUAGAUUAUUUCAUUUUUAUAUUAGUAGAGGACCAGUAUACCCUGUGGCAAACAUCUGUCCAUAACUCCUCACUGAUAGUCAAAGGUCCUUUUCACAGAUUAUUUUCGAAGGAGUAAAGGAAGAGCCCACAUUCUCAGAUGGGAGUCUAAAGAUAUCGGAGAUUUAGCCUUUGAUGGAUUGUGCUGUAGCAAGAAGGGUCUCAACUUCAUUGAGCUGAGCUCUAAACCUCCUCUUGGAAGUGACAUGAGGAAUUUACGUGUCUAAUUUGAAGAUAUUUAAAUUGGAUCUUGGCACAUUGAAUUCACUGCAGAGUUCUUGAGAGUAUUCCAGCAUGACAAUUCCACCAGCCAUACUGCUCAUUCUGUGUGUGAUAUCCUGCAAGACAGGAAUGUCAGUGUUCUGCAGGGCCAGCGAAGAGCCCAGA